GGUUAAGGCCAUAUCAGCACGUUUUAUUUAUUCCGAAUAUAUAUUUUUAUCUGUCGGCGGUGAUGUGGCCUUUUUUAUGACCGAGACAUCAUAACACCUUGUUUAUCUAACGGUUUUCACUUUGCAAAGACGCUCAGUGAACAAAGUGAGCAGCAAACAGUCAUGGAGGAGGAGAUAGAAACACCAGAGGAGCAGCUGGCUAAGCAGCAUCGCAAGGAAAAGAAAGAUCUGCAAGCUAAAAUCCAGGGCAUGAAAAAUGCAAUCCCCAAAAAUGACAAGAAAAGGAGGAAACAGCUGACAGAGGAGAUUGCCAAAAUAGAGGCUGAACUCAACCAGAAACAUGAGCAGGAACUGAGAAACCUUAAACCUACAACCAACACAAAGGUUGAAGAGGUGUUGAACGGAGUGGAGACCAUGAAACUGGAGGGUGGAGAGGAGGAAGGAGAGGUCAAACAGCCACGUGUAACCAAGGCCCAAAAGAGAAGAGACAAGAAGGCUGCGCAGGAGAAGGAGAGGGAGAGCAGGAUAGCCGAGGCCGAGGUGCAAAACCUGCAGGGGGUGCGGCACCAGGAGGGUCUGAAGCUGGCUCAGAAACUGGCCCAGCAACAGCUCCAGAUCAAGGAGAUCUCCUCUGACGGCCACUGCAUGUAUCGCGCCAUUGAAGAUCAGCUGGCACAGCGAUCAAAGCCCGGGAUAAUCAUGAGUGUGAAAGAACUGCGAUCCCGCACUGCUGAACACAUGAGAAGCCACGCUGAUGACUUCUUGCCUUUCCUCACUAACCCCAACUCUGGCGACAUGUACACGACAGAUGAGUUUGAGAAAUACUGCAGUGACGUGGAGCACACAGCAGCUUGGGGUGGACAGCUGGAAUUGCGAGCUUUGACCCAAGUUCUUCACCUCAGAGUGGAAGUGAUCCAGGCCGACUCCCCAACUAUAAAAAUCGGGGAGGAAUUUGAUAGUGAACCCAUCACGCUUGUCUACAUGCGUCAUGCCUACGGACUAGGAGAGCAUUACAACUCUGUGGAGCGGCUAAAGGACCCAGCCAACGCCGAAGAAAGCUGAGAGACAGCUCAGUCUUAGUGUGACAUAAAACCAAUGUGUUUAACUCAGAGAGUGGUCAAACCACUCACACCAAGGGCCCCUAAAUACAAACAGUCUCAUUGAAGAGACUGAAGUUAAUGGAGAAUAAUGCUGUUUUCAGAACGGGUCAAACACAGAGUAGUACUUCUGUGUUUUAAGUCAAAAGAUAUCGGUGGGGAGAGUGAAAUCUAGUUCCGAAAACAGUAUCAUUGUGCUAAUGAAAAGUAGCAUAGAGGGGAAAUGAACGUGUUAAUGAUUUUACACUAAACACCCUUGCUCUAUUCCAACAACCCCCCGGGGUUUACUUCAGCCCAUUUUGGAAAGUAAUGAUCUCACAUAUACUUAAUCCAAAAUGGGCAGGAGAGGAUGUCAGAGCUGUCCAUCAUUCAUGUCACUCCAAAUGUCAUCAGUCACUAAAGGGUUGUUGAAGUUUUGCAGUGUUCUUUGAAUGAAUUGAAUUGUGACACUUGUAAAUCAUAUCAAUGUUACAUAAACGCAUACAAUACUAA